AUGAUCAACGCCUUUCUGGUCUUCAAUGGCCAAGGUCAACCCCGUUUGACCAAAUUCUACACCCAGCUGGAGACGAGCAUACAGCAGCGCCUCAUCUCCGAGAUAUUCACGCUGGUGUCGAAUCGCCCGUCAGGGUCCUGCAACUUCCUCCCGCUGCCACCUCUGCUGGCCGCUUCCGGCACGUCGCACUCGUCCUCGUCCGAAGAACAGAACGACGUACCCUCUCUCGUCACAUACCGCAACUACGCGACCCUCUACUUCAUCGUCAUCUCGACGGCGACCGAGUCACCCCUCGCCCUGAUCGACCUCAUCCAGGUCUACGUCGAGUCGCUUGACAAGCUUUUCGAAAAUGUCUGCGAGCUGGAUCUGAUUUUCAAUUUCGAGAGUCUGCACGCAGCACUCGGCGAGAUGAUUGUCGGUGGCGUCGUCGUGGAAACAAAUCUUGACCGCAUCGUCGCGGGUGUGCGGGCGCAGGGCACCGUAGCAAAGCGACCGGUCAACGAGAGCAGGUCGACGGGUCUGGGGUCGGGCAUGGGGCUGGGUGGUAACUUUGUGUGGCACGGCCGGUAG